AUGGCACCGUCAAAACUGACCCGGAGAUCACAGGGCCAACGAACGCGAGAAAUGCACAUCCAAGUGCCCCCAGACACUGCAUCCCUCGGCCUUACCCUCCAAUACUCACCAAUUGCUCUCGCCGCAAACAUCUGGCACGUACUGGACGUUGCCGCCAGGUCCCCUGCCGAUCAGGGCGGCCUCCUCCCCUACAGCGACUACAUCCUGGGCAGCCCUGAAGGACCGUUACACGGCGAGAGUGCCCUGGGCGAGCUUGUAGAGGACCAUAUCGGGCGGCCGCUACGACUUUUUGUGUACAACAACGAAUUCGAUGUCACGAGAGAGGUCACAAUACAUCCUAGUCGAGGCUGGGGCGGCGAAGGCGCCCUAGGUUGUGUGUUGGGCUACGGCGCGCUGCACCGUCUGCCCGCGCCGUUGAGCGAGCCUGUGAGUGCGCCGGGAGAGACCAUGUUCGACGGGGCCGUGGAUGAGAAGAGAACCGGGGCCGGUCUCACCUCCACGGGUGCAGACUCUGUGCUGCCGCCUGCCGCCGCAGCCUCGACAGGUGGUGAGUAUCUGGUGCCCGCGCAAAUGGUCGGCUCAGACCCCACGAGUGCAACUCCGCGCUCAGCAGCAAAGAAAAAGGACAGACACCACCCGGCCAACAACGAUUUCAUGGACGACUACUUCAAGGAGGAAGAAAAGAAGAGCCGGGCGCUGGACAACGCCCCAUCCGGUAAAGGAUCACCGGCACCGCCGCCACCCAGGGCAGGUGGCCCUCCAAAAGCUGCAACUCCUGUACAAGAAGCAGCCGAAUAG